GCUUCGAACCUUGUUAAGAAAGCUGUCUAGAUACAUCAAACAAGUGUUGAUAGAUUUUUCUAGCUAUUAAAUGCAAGCAAAUAGAGCUCAAAACCCAUUUUAAUUGGGGCCCAAAUAAUAUGGACGAAUUUUGGGAACCUGUUGGGAUAUAUUAUCCCGGCCUAUUACUGUUCAGGAGCCCAAGACAUUACCCAGUACGGAGCCCGAGCAGAUAGGCCCAUUUCGGCCCAUUAGGCCCAAUAUUGGCCCGUUUGGCCCAUUAGGGUGGAGAGCACCCUUUCCCCUAUUCUCUAUAAAUAUGGGAGUUUCCCUCCAUAUUAGGAUCUUUUCCUUCUUCCUUCUCCCUCCUUAGUUAGCUUACAAGACUCCAUUAAUGGGAGCUCAAAUUGUACUGUGUAAUGGUGAGGAGAGUCCUAAUGAGAAUUGAGAGGGCUUGGACAUUAGCCUAAAAAGUCCCGUGGUUUUCUCCCUUUCGGGUUUCCACGUAAAAACUGAGUGUUCAUACAUAUAUCUACUAUAUCGUGUUGGAUUAAACUCAACACUGGCGCCGUCUGUGGGAAUCUGUCCAAAAAGAUUACAUGUGUUCUUCAGUUGUUCUGCAAGAUUCAUACGAAAUGGACUGAUUUCAGCAAAAAAUAAGAAGAAAAUGGUAUCCUGGAAAAAAUGAUUCUGAAGUCCAAAUCUGAUUUUUUCAGAUCUGAGUUGGGGUCACCGGAGCUGCUGCCGUCAUCCGCGCCGCCGUAAACCUCCCGGUGAGUUUACCCACACCAGACGAAACUCACCGCAACACCCCAGGUCUUGUCAUCCCGGUGAGUUUCCUCCACUAGGACAGCUCCUACUCGAGCCUUCACCUGUGAGCUGCCUCUCUGCCGACGCGCCUGAGGGAGACCUGCCGCUGAGAGCUUGAUUUCCGCCAUUAAUGGCGGUGAAGAGCUCAGGAAAGACACCAGAAACUAGCCGCUCAAACUGCCCCUGCUCUGCUGCGACUGCCAUCUCUACCGACAGAGAGUGGCCGGCACGGACGAGCAGCGUCUAGUUUCCACCUGCUUUUUUCUAGAAAAAAAAAAAACUCCGUAUGAACGUCCUUGGUCUAGAGCAGACCACGUCCGCAUGUGUGAGACCAAGUAAUUGGAGGCCAACUUUCAAUUGAAGGAUUUUGACCAUGUCAAAAUUGAGAAACAAAAAGAAGCAAAACUGGCUCUACACAACAGCAUCACUGGCCGAACCUUUAAUUUGGAAGCUAAGCCCACAUACUCCCUCAUUUACUAGUUAAAGUAUUAGAAUAAUGAUAGUAUCAUGAAUACCGUUUUUAAUUAUCAUCACCAUUAUUUAUUAGGGAUUAAAAUCUCCCGAAAUUAAAUAGUGAGAGCGAUGCUCUAAGUGAUAAUUAGUUUACCGUCAUUCAAAUUAGAUGACUGGUUGUUGUGGGCCUAUUGGCCCGCUCCCGAUCGGCUUUAAUUAGCGAACGGAGCGUAUCUGAAUGACUUAUGGUAGGAUAAUACUAUUAUUACUACCCGUACAUCACUAUUAUUUAUUAGGGAUAAAAAUGUCCCGAGAUUAAAUAAUGCAGAGCGAAGCUCUAGUGAUAGUUAGUUCAGCCAACUUUUUUAUUAAAUAUUUAAUUGUUGGGGGGUUCGAUUAGCCCACUCUCGAUCGGCUUUGAUUAGCGAUCUGGGCGUCUCCAGAAGGGCGAUGCCCCGACGACGCAUUUUAAUUUGAGGGUUGCACGUUAGUCAGCACGGCACUACGUGCCCGAUCGACGAUCGUACCCCAGUGUCAUCUACCCCAUUAGGCGCGAAGUGACUUUUGCCAGACGUGGCCUGUGGGGCCCGCGGGGACCAAAGCACUCAACCUCGUUUUUCCGAGGGCAGUGCGACCAACUUGGGUCUGAGUUUGAAAACUCACAGACUGAUGAAUAUCUCUAUGUGACGUUCGGUGGGCUGCUGAUUGGCCCCGCCGCGAGCUGCUACGUCCAUUAACCCCGCACGAUGAGCCGGGCCGAGGGUCACGAUAACCCAUAGGCCGGUAAUCGUGGAUGUUAAAGAGAAAGCCAUGCAGAUGGUUAUGUGUGUAUACAUAUUGUCGGGCCGUGCGGCCCGUUGUCAUGCUUAUUGCGCAGCUGAAGCCACUCGACGCGCUCGAGCGAAAUGAUUAAAAGACGCUUGGCCCGAGUCUUGAAGACGUUCAGGGCCAGCUAAAGAGGGGACCACCAUGGUUGAGAACCGUGGGACGAGCAUCUCCACCCCAGAGACCGAUGGCCUAGGGAGAACACCUAGAGGCCGAGGAUCUAGAGGCGAAUGCCAUGACAGAGAACCGUGAGACGAUCAUCCAUCAUCCAGAGGCCGAGGGCCAAGAGGAAACCAUCACGGCUGAGAGCCGUGAUACGAGCAUCUCCACCCUAGGAGCCGGUGGCCUAGAGGAGACCACUACGACCGAGGGUCGUGGGACCAUCCUUACAUCACGACCGACCCCACGGUACGGCGUAUUUAUCACUUGAAGACCGGCCUCGUCCCCGCGCUGCGCGGAUGAGGACUGUUGCUGGAUUUCAGGUCGGCCCUUAUUGCCGACAUCAUUAUAUCACGACCGGCCUCUCGGCCCGAUGUGAUUAUCAUAUUUGAAGACCGGCCUCGUCCCCGCGCUGCGCGGAUGAAGACCGUUGCUGGAUUUCUUUCAGGUCGGCCUCUCAUCGCCGACACCAUUAUAUCACGACUGGCCUCUCGGUCCGACGCGAUUAUCAUAUUCGAAGACCGGCCUCGUCCCCGCUGCCUCGCGGACGAGGACCGUUGCUUGACCAUAUCUUAAUAGGCAUCUCAUUGCCGACAUUAUCAUACCACGACCGGCCCCUCGGCUCGGCGUGUUUAUCUUUUGAAGACCGGCCUCGUCCCCGCCCUCGCGGACGAAGACUGUUGCUUGAUUUUUCUCAGAUCGGCCGCUUAUUGCCGACACCAUUAUACCACGACCGGCCUCUCGGCUCGGCGUGUUUAUCUUUUGAAGACCGGCCUCGUCCCCGCCCUCGCGGACGAAGACUGUUGCUUGAUUUUUCUCAGAUCGGCCGCUUAUUGCCGACACCAUUAUACCACGACCGGCCUCUCGGCUCGGCGUGCUUAUCUUUUGAAGACCGGCCUCGUCCCCGCCCUCGCGGACGAGGACCGUUGCUUGAUUUUCUCAGAUCGGCCGCUCAUUGCCGACACCAUUAUACCACGACCGGCCUCUCGGCUCGGCGUGCUUAUCUUUUGAAGACCGGCCUCGUCCCCGCCACAUCGCGGACGAGGACCGUUGUUUGAUUCUUUCAGGUCGGCCUCUCACUGCCGACACUAUCAUGUUAUGUUUGGCCUCUCGGCACGACAUAUUAUCUUUUGAAGACCGGUCUCAUCCCCGCGCUGCGUGGAUGAGAGCCGCUGCUCGGAUAUAUCAGCCUGAUCGGACACUAUUGUCAUCUCCUUAUCAGGACCGACUGCUCAGCGACAUUAUGAUCAUUGUAUAUCGGCUCCCAGCGCCGACCUUCUUGAGUUAGCGAUCGGGCUCACCCCUCCCCUCCAGGAGGGUGACCAUCGCCAUCGCAUGACGACCAGCUAUUCCAUCGCCUCGUCAUUUUAUUCAUUUUUGUGUCCCACCACCAUUAUGUGUGACAUCACUUGUGGUCAUUCUUAGAACCGAUGAACGUAUUUUCCUCCCUCAAAAAAAAAAAAAAAAGAAAAGAAAAAAAAAAAAAGAAGGAAAAAAAAAAAAAAAGAUGGGGAGAAGGGGAGAGAGAAGCUCCUAUGAGAGAGGGAGUCUUGACGAGGUAUGCCUGAUCUUCCUUCGCCGCGUAUGACGAACGUCUCCCGACGCGGAGGUUAGUAGAACGUGGGGGAGGCUAGACGUACCAAAGGGAACCUCGGCAGGAUAAACCAGUUCCUCCCAUUUCCCGUGGAUCGAUGAACACCUUCUGCCAAAGCAGAAGGCUAGUAGGGCCACGAGCAUGGGACGACGAAGCAGGGAAUCCCGACGUGGAUAAACCAGUGACCUCCUUGCGAUCGUUGGAUGACCGAACGUCUUCUUCGAAGUAAGAAGAUUAGUAGGACCACGACAGGGACGAACGAAGAAUAGGGAAUCCCGACGUGGAUAAACCUGUUCCUCCUUGCGAUCGUUGGAUGACCGAACGUCUUCUUCGAAGGAAGAAGAUUAGUAGGACCACGACAGGGACGAACGAAGAAUAGGGAAUCCCGACGUGGAUAAACCUGUUUCUUCUCAUAGUUGGGAUGACGAACGUCUCCUGCGAAACCAGGAGACCAGUACUCACGAGACUUGGGAAGAACGAAGAACCAGUUCUUUAUCGGAGUCUGUUGUGUGCCGAGUGUACACCGCUUAGCGGUCCGUACAUAGGACCACAGAUACGGUAGACGAACGAAGAUUAGCUCCCCAGAUCAGACAGGAGGGACCAGUUCUUUAUCGGAGUCUGUUGUGUGCCGAGUGUACACCGCUUAGCGGUCCGUACAUAGGACCACGGAUACGGUAGACGAACGAAGACCAGCUUCCCAGAUCAGACAAGAGGGACAUCGCCCAGAUUUAUUUCAGGCUCACCAUUCCUUCCCGGAUGGAGUCCUGGCAGACGAUCGGCUUCCCACAGCCAAUCAGGAGAGAGACUUGACACAUCACCGAGAGGCCGAGGGCCAUGAGAUGAUCAUCACUAUUUUUCUGUAUCACGAUCGGCCCCUCAGCGCCAUCGUGUCCUGAUUCACGGUUCGGAUCGUCCAUCCCUCCAGGAUGGCGACGACCGUCUUAUGCAGUACGAUCGGCCCCUCAGCGCCAUCGUACCCAGUUCACGUUCAGCUCGUCCAUCCCUUCCAGGGUGGUGACGAACGUCUUAUGCAUCGCGAUCGGCCCCUCAGCGCCAUCGUGUCCAGAUUCACGGUUCGGAUCGCCCAUUCCCUCCAGGAUGGCGACGACCGUCUUAUGCAGUACGAUCGGCCCCUCAGCGCCAUCGUACCCGGCUCGCGUUCAGCUCGUCCAUCCCUUCCAGGGUGGCGACGAACGUCUCAUGCAUCACGAUCGGCCCCUCAGCGCCAUCGUGUCCAGAUUCGCGGUUCGGAUCACCCAUCCCCUCCAGGAUGGCGACGACCGUCUUAUGCAGUACGAUCGGCCCCUCAGUGCCAUCGUACCCAGCUCACGUUCAGCUCGUCCAUUCCCUCCAGGAUGGCGACGACCGUCUUAUGCAGUACGAUCGGCCCCUCAGUGCCAUCGUACCCAGCUCACGUUCAGCUCGUCCAUUCCCUCCAGGAUGGCGACGACCGUCUUAUGCAGUACGAUCGGCCCCUCAGCGCCAUCGUACCCGGCUCGCGUUCAGCUCGUCCAUCCCUUCCAGGGUGGCGACGAACGUCUCAUGCAUCACGAUCGGCCCCUCAGCGCCAUCGUGUCCAGAUUCGCGGUUCGGAUCACCCAUCCCCUCCAGGAUGGCGACGACCGUCUUAUGCAGUACGAUCGGCCCCUCAGUGCCAUCGUACCCAGCUCACGUUCAGCUCGUCCAUUCCCUCCAGGAUGGCGACGAACGUCUUAUGCAUCACGAUCGGCCCCUCAGCGCCAUCGUGUCCUGAUUCACGGUUCGGAUCGCCCAUUCCCUCCAGGAUGGCGAUGACCGUCUUAUGCAGUACGAUCGGCCCCUCAGCGCCAUCGUACCCGGCUCUCGUUCAGCUCGUCCAUCCCUUCCAGGGUGGCGACGAACGUCUCAUGCAUCACGAUCGGCCCCUCAGCGCCAUCGUGUCCAGAUUCGCGGUUCGGAUCACCCAUCCCCUCCAGGAUGGCGACGACCGUCUUAUGCAGUACGAUCGGCCCCUCAGUGCCAUCGUACCCAGCUCACGUUCAGCUCGUCCAUUCCCUCCAGGAUGGCGACGAACGUCUUAUGCAUCACGGUCGGCCCCUCAGCGCCAUCGUGUCCUGAUUCACGCUUCGGAUCGUCCAUCCCUCCAGGAUGGCGACGAACGUCUUAUGCAUCACGAUCGGCCCCUCAGCGCCAUCGUGUCCUGAUUCACGGUUCGGAUCGUCCAUCCCUCCAGGAUGGCGACGACCGUCUUAUGCAGUACGAUCGGCCCCUCAGCGCCAUCGUACCCGGUUCGCGUUCAGCUCGUCCAUCCCUUCCAGGGUGGCGACGAACGUCUUAUGCAUCACGAUCGGCCCCUCAGCGCCAUCGUGUCCAGAUUCGCGGUUCGGAUCACCCAUCCCCUCCAGGAUGGCGACGACCGUCUUAUGCAGUACGAUCGGCCCCUCAGUGCCAUCGUACCCAGCUCACGUUCAGCUCGUCCAUUCCCUCCAGGAUGGCGACGAACGUCUUAUGCAUCACGAUCGGCCCCUCAGCGCCAUCGUGUCCUGAUUCACGCUUCGGAUCGUCCAUCCCUCCAGGAUGGCGACGAACGUCUUAUGCAUCACGAUCGGCCCCUCAGCGCCAUCGUGUCCAGAUUCACGGUUCGGCUCGCCCAUUCCCUUCCAGGAUGGUGACGAACGUCUUUAUGCAGCACGAUCGGCCUCUCAGCGCCAUCGUGUCUGGCUCAUGUUCGGCUCGCCCAUCCCUUCCAGGGUGGCGACGAACGUCUCUUAUGCAGCACAAUCGGCCCCGCCGUGCCAUUGUGUCGGGUUCAUCUCCGGAUUGCCCAUCCCUUCUAGGAUGGCGACGACCAUCUUAUGCAGCACGUCUGCCUCUCGGCGCUGACAUGCCCGGGUUUUCGAUGAGAGCCACCGCUUUCUAUCACAUCUCACAUUCCUUCUCUCAUACAUUGCACCCAUACAUUACAUGCAUUCAUGCAUUCAUGCAUCAUACCUCAUACAUUCAUACAUACACACGUGCAUCAUGUUUUGACAGUACCGCGACGUCGGUUUAUAGAUGCAUGGACCUUAAGCUUCUCCGAUUGGAAAGCUCGAGUCAGAGUGCUUUACUCCCGCCUGAUGCAUUCAGGGGGAGUGUGCCCGUGGAGGAGCACCCUUCGCCCGACCCUGUCGGGAAGGGGGGUGCCUCACGGGUAGAUUACGUUCAGGAGUGUGGACAUCCACUCAUAUAUUAUGAUUAUUCGAAGACACAGGUUCCAGCUAGACAGAGGCAGAGCGCAGGCAAGAAUAUACUUUCUCGAGCAGAUUCGCGCACUCACUACUCAAGAAACUGGGGGACUUGUGUUGGGAUAUAUUAUCCCGGCCUAUUACUGUUCAGGAGCCCAAGACAUUACCCAGUACGGAGCCCGAGCAGAUAGGCCCAUUUCGGCCCAUUAGGCCCAAUAUUGGCCCGUUUGGCCCAUUAGGGUGGAGAGCACCCUUUCCCCUAUUCUCUAUAAAUAUGGGAGUUUCCCUCCAUAUUAGGAUCUUUUCCUUCUUCCUUCUCCCUCCUUAGUUAGCUUACAAGACUCCAUUAAUGGGAGCUCAAAUUGUACUGUGUAAUGGUGAGGAGAGUCCUAAUGAGAAUUGAGAGGGCUUGGACAUUAGCCUAAAAAGUCCCGUGGUUUUCUCCCUUUCGGGUUUCCACGUAAAAACUGAGUGUUCAUACAUAUAUCUACUAUAUCGUGUUGGAUUAAACUCAACAGAACCCUAAAGCAUAUUUCAUCCCCUCCACACCUAUAAAUAGGGGUCUCAGUUGAGAGGAAGAGGAGGAGAACUUCCAGACUAAGAAACGCUGCAGCAAAGCUCUGAAGAACUCCCGAGAGGCUCUGAACGAUUCCGAAGAAGAUAGAGGAAGAGAUCAAGCCACGACUUUGUCAAGAAUAUAUGAAUAAUCCUUUGUGAUUUCAUCUAUUCUUGAUAAAAUAAGUUCAAAAGUUGAAGAACAUUCGAAGAUCUGAAGAACGAAGCUCGAAGAUUCGAAGAUCUGAAGAACAAGACUUUGAAGAUUCGAAGAUCUGAAGAACGAAUCUUUGAAGAUUUGAAGAUAUUCAUAUGAAGAUUGAAUCAAAAUUCAAUUGAAGAUCAAGCCAUAUAUCCCGGGAGGCCCUUAAACAGAAGAUUAAGCCAUAAAACGGCCCUUUUGUUGAAGAUCAAGCCACUUGAAAACCGGAGGCCCUUCAAUCUGAAUUCUUUAUUCAAUAAGAUUUGAAGAUCCGAAGAACGAAGAUUCGAAGAUCUCAAGAACGAAGAUUCGAAGAUCUCAAGAACGAAGAUUCGAAGAUUCGAAGAACGUUCGAAUAUUUGAAGGAUUAGAGAUUUAAUUUUAAAUUAAAUUCUUUAAUUAUAUUACUUCGAAUUGCAAGUGAAGAAUCAGAGGAUUCAUAUUUAGAGAUUGUACCCAAUAUUUUCACAUAUUAUUAUUUGCG